CCACCGGAAACGAACAGGUGAGAUGAUGACUCUUCAAUUUGGAGAUUUUACGGUAAAAUUUGACAAGAGAGUAUUUCGUCGAUAUUGUGCAACAUAAAGCCGAAUUGAAUGGCUUCCUGAUAUUGUUUGUCGUCUAUGUAGGAUCAGUAAAUAAUGGCGGAACAGAAGGUGAAGAGUAGGUACUUUAUUGCAAAGGUGAAUAGUUUUCCUUCAUUAAAACAAGCUGUACAGUCUGGCCAGUGGGCAUGUGCAGACAGAGCAACAUCGCCUCAUCCCAGGGAAAUCUUGACACAAGCACUUUCACAAGGAAAAGUUUACUUAAUUUUCAGCGUAAGCAAUUGCCAUGGUUGGCAUGGCUACGCAAAAAUGUUAAAUAUUCCUGGUGAGGCAGCUAAAAGAACUGAAGAGAAUGUUAAAAUAUCGCAAAAUCAUAAAGAUGUGAAAACAAUUAAAGAUUCCCAAAAUAAAUCUUUAUCUGAUAGUAAAGAAAGUUGUCUGACAGUGGCUAACAGUUUUACAAACACAGAUCCCAGUCCUCUAAACUGUGAAGACAGCAAUUCUGUGAAAAAAUUGCCAGAAUUUUAUUACUUUGAUAUUGAUUGGAGAUUGAACUACUUGGAAUUUGGAGAACUAUGCUUGAAUUCAAAGAUGACUGAAGAAUUAAAGUGUAUUGAAAACCCUGGAGGAAACACAAUCUGCGUAAACAAAUGUAGAAAUUGGCAGGAAGUAAGUAUUGAAGUAGGAGAGAGCCUGUGUCGCAAAAUGAAAGACCUGUACAAUGAUUUGUGUAAGAAACGUGAUGAGAAAAAAAAGAGAGAGGCUGAACUUCACGUAGAACCAUUUUAUAAGGAGACUAAGAUUUUGACAGUGCAGGAAACAUGGAUGAAAAUAGUAACCCAGGUAGAACGAGACCUCGGCAAAGUUUUAUUGGCUUGUCCAUUUGGUAGUCAAAGAUACAAUCUUCAAACUGCUGAUAGUGAUACAGAUAUGUUUAUUGUGUAUCAAGCAAGGACCAGAGACAUUCUUGGCUUCAAUCCACCUAAACAGACCAUCAAAAAUCAUGAAAGUGAGGCAUGUGACUACACUAUACAUGAAGUGUACAGAUAUUGCGAGUUACUGUUGAGUGGUGAUGCAAGAUGUGUAGAGUGUUUAUUUCUGCAUGAAUCUACUAUAGUACAGUCUUCACCAGAGUGGGAAAAGCUAUCACAGGGCAGGAAUAUGUUUCUAAAUAGGGAAUGUUUGGACAAGUACCUAAGAGAUGCACAGGGCAGUAAAGGAACCAAAUUUCUACAGAAAUGGUGUAAAGAUCACCCUGAGGAACUAAUACUCCCUGCAAAGAUGUGCAAGAUGCUUUAUGUAAUUGUCAGAUUGUUACAAAAUGCAAGGGAUAUUGUACAAGGAACAGACCUUAAAGUGUACAGAGAAAUGGAAUCGACUGAACGAGAGACUUUGAUGACUAUUCGAGCAGGGCAUGUGCCUGUAGCUGAUGCUUGGAAAAUUAUCAAGGAAUUAGAGCAAAGUAUAGCUUCAAAGUCGGAGCAAGUUGACUCAAGAAGUGAAGAGACUGAAAAGUUCCUUGAAGACUGGUUGAUCACACUUAGACACAACAAUUUUAUGAAACCUGAAAAAUAGAUGUUGCCAUUCAAUGAUGAAGUCUCAAUGACUUUGUAUCACUCAUGGAUUUGGUUCGAAUCCCACCCAGAACUUUGGAUUCUUACAUAUGAGGAAGCUAUUCAGCUAGCUUAUUGAAGGUUGGUCUUUCUGCUUGAAGGUACUUGCUCAAGCAUGAACUGUGCAAAGAGGGGCACUUUAUGUCUUCCUGUACCAAUAAAGAUAAAAUGACGCCAGAUGACCUUUACCGUGUCAGCGUGUCUUAAAACCCAGCCAAAAACAUUCCACAAUUUCUAAGAAAAAAGGUUGAAAUGAGACAUGAUGUUUCUGUAAGUUAAGUGGAAAAGAAAUUCUUAAUGACAGAUGUUUUACGGUUAUAGUAGAAUUAUAACAAUUUAUUAAAAGGUGACUCAGCUGAAAGAAUAUUUAUUGCUAAUAAAAUAAUUUCAGAAGAGUUAUGUUACGUAUAGUGAUAUUGUGGUGUAAUUUUGUUAAAAUUUGUGAACUUGAAGCGGGUAUAAAUGAUAAUUUGUCUAGAAUGGGUUAUUAAUUUGUCUAGAAUGGGUUAUUUAUAACAAUAUAUAUAAUAAAUUUUUAUGACAUCAUUUUCUAUAUUUGUACUGAAGUUGUCGCUAUUGUAUUAACUAUCAGGGGAGACUACUUUUACAUUGAUGUGUGAAGUCAUGAAACUACCUCAGUUAGAAAAAGGGCUAUUUGAAGCGCAGUGGUUAUGUUUGCUAAAUUUCAGUCACUUCCUACUCUCUGUUGUGGGUUUGAUUCCUACAAGAAAUGAUAAACACUUUCAUUUUUGAAAGUUUUCCAGUGAGCGUACCAAAGAUUGGUGGUGGUUCUACUUUAAUUAAAGUAUAAAAUCCAUUGUAGAAUGAGAACAACUGACAUAAUUUGUUCAUUUUAUGUGAUUAAUUAUUACCAUGACUUUGAGCAGAUUACCAUUUGUGAACAAAGAGCCUGGAUUGUAUAUCUUCUUUCUCAAAUCUACAUGUACACUGUCACAAAAAUAAAAAUCGAAUAAAAAAUAUUUGAAAUUUUUAUUCAUUAUAUUCACAUCAUUAACAAAACACAUGAUGAAAAUAAUGAAAUGCAUGUAAAAGAAAAGAGAAGGAAGCUAAAAAAAAUACUGAUGUAAAUAUAUUGUCUUAAUACAUCGGCUUGUACAUCUAGAUACAAAAAAUACUCAUACUGUGGGAAAUAAUACUCAUACUGUGGGUUACUGUAAUACUAUGCUAAAAAUGCUGAAAUGGACAGAAAAAAUCCUCAAAAUACUUGUUUGUUAUUGGUCACUUGCAAAAGUGAUAUCGGACACUUGUGAAAAAAUGUUAUCGGACAGCUGUAAAAAUGAUAUUGGACAGCUGCUAACGUUAACAAAUAUCAACUGACCAGAAGUGGUUGCUAUCUUGUUUUCUUUUCCAUUGGUUGUCUGCCAAAUUUUAUUUGUAUAUUAAAUAUAUUGUCUUCCAAUAGUUAUAAUUUUCUAAUACUAUUUUUAAUUAUUUGCAUAUUUUAAAAUACACUUGACAAAAAAGAAAAUUUUGUGUUGUAUGUGAUCAUGCAAUUAUAAUGACAUUUUUAAAAUAAAAAUAUUCACAUAAUCAUACCAAGAAACUAAAACUAAACUUUGGCACAGUCUAGUUAUUUUCUUGACAUAAAAAAACGUCCAUUGCUUUCAAGGCUGUUAAACUAUAUAGUUGGUGAAACAUACUAAAAAACAACAACAAAA